GUGGCGCGGGCUCGCGCGCUGUUGGGAGUUUUGUCCUUCACUCAGGAAUUUUUCUAUGGCUGAAGAAAACGGAAAAUUACUCGCAAAUUAUCAACCUAAUGGCAGAGUUAUAGCACGGUAAACACCUCGAAAAGGGCAUUCUUUAAGCUCACAGCCAUGGCGAAUGUCAAACAGAAGCCUUUAUUCAGGAGUAAAGAAGUUUCCACCGUUAACAGCUCUGACGGGACAUUCAGUUUGGAGAAAUCUGGAAAACCAAACCGACCGCAGGAAAAGGUAAAUGGAGUAAAAAACAAAGCCAAUGGCCUCGGAAAAUCUCUCAAUGAUUCGCUUGAAGGAGACCUCAGGGACUUCCUCAUCAAUGAAGCUGAGCUUCACACAUACGAUGACCUCACCAAAGUCAACCCGGUUACACCUUCUACAGUGCUGAAAUGUCUGCAGGCCAGGUACAGCGCCAAGGUUUUCUACACACACGCUGGCUGCACGCUAGUCGCCCUCAACCCCUUCCAGCCCAUUCCUCACCUGUACUCUCUGGAUGUGAUGAGGGAAUAUCACUCUGCCCCUCAGCCUCAGACAUGGACGUCGCGCUGUCUGAUGAAAUAUUAUGCCACUGUGGCAACUUCUUCUCAGAGGUGCCAGGACACUGUAGAAAGGAUAGAAAAACGAGUACUGGACUCCAACCCUGUCAUGGAGGCUUUUGGCAAUGCAUGCACAUUACGCAACAACAACAGCAGUCGCUUCGGAAAAUACAUUCAGCUUCAGCUCAACAGUUCUCAGUUGCUGGUUGGAGCAUCAGUGCAGACGUAUCUUUUGGAGAAGACCAGAGUGGCUUUCCAAGCACCAAAUGAGAGAAAUUUCCACAUAUUCUACCAGAUGAUGAAGGGAGCCACAGAGCAACAGAGACUGGAAUGGAUGCUGCCUCUGGAGCAAGACUUUGUUUGGCUGCCACAUGCAGAGAAAACUUUAGAAGAAGACUGUUUGCAAGAGACGGUGGAAGCCAUGAUCAGCCUUGGCAUUGAUGAAGGGAAACGGGCACAGAUAUUCAAGAUUCUUGCAGGUCUUCUGCAGUUGGGGAAUGUGGACUUCAGUCCCGCACCAGAAGAGGCUCAGCCAUGUGAUCUCAGUGGACAAUCCAAAGGUUUUCUGCAGAAAGCGGCGGAUCUGCUGCAGGUUUCUUUAGAUGAGCUGCAGUCGUGUCUGAUAGUGAGAACUCUGCGUGCUGGCAAACAAAACAUCCUCAAACCUUGCUCUCAGUCCGAGUGUGGCAUCCGCAGAGACUGUCUUGCUAAAGUCAUUUAUGCACAGCUAUUUGACUGGUUAGUCACUUUCAUCAACAACAGCAUGUCUGCAGACAGUUCCAUGUGGUGCAACUUUAUUGGUCUGCUGGAUGUGUAUGGUUUCGAAUGCUUCCUCCUGAAUAACCUGGAGCAGCUGUGUAUUAAUUACGCUAACGAGAAGCUACAGCAGCACUUCGUGGCUCAUUAUCUGAAGGCCCAGCAGGAGGAGUAUGUGAGUGAGGGGCUGCAGUGGUCUUUCAUUCGUUACCAAGACAACCAGGGCUGCCUGGACCUGAUUGAAGGCAGUCCCUCCAGCAUCAUCUCUCUGCUCAAUGAGGAGUGUCGACUGAACAGAGCAUCGGAUGCAAAGAAGUUUCGUGUGCGUCUGGAGAAGGAGCUGUCAGAUAAUGCCAACAUCAGCUGGGACAAGUUCAGCAAAGAGCCCCAUUUCACUGUGGCCCACUACGCUGGCAGAGUCAGCUACCAGAUUGAGGGCAUGAUGGAGAAGAACAAGGACCCAGUUCCCCCUGAGCUCAUCUGUCUUCUACAAAAGUCCCAAGAUUCAUUGCUGAACAGCCUCUUUGCGGAUGGUGACCGUGAGAGCGAGGGGUCUCGGGGACACAGUAAAGUGGUCACUGUUGUGUCCAAAUUUAAGAAUUCACUGGAAAGCCUGAUGAAGAUUUUGCACAGCACCACUCCACACUACACACGCUGCAUUAAACCAAACCCGGACUGCAGACCACUCACUUUCCAAAAGGAAGAGGUCAUCGCUCAGCUUGAAGCCUGUGGGAUUGUGGAGACCAUAAACAUCAGUGCAGCGGGUUUUCCCAUCAGGAUCCCAAAUGACAGCUUCUUCCAAAGAUAUGGGCUGAUUGCAAACAACAGACUAGCAGCAAAGAAGAAAAGCCCUGAGAUGGGAUCAGUUGUAGAAGAUGUGCUCAGUGUGGUCAUCAAAAAACACUCCCCAAACUCCACCUUCAGUCCUGAUGACAACAACAACAUGGUUCAUUGUGGGAGAACAAAAGUCUUCCUCACGCACUCCCUGUUGGAGAUCCUGGAGGAGCACAGGAACAGAGUGCGCUCACAGAAAGCGUUCAGCAUCCAGUGCUGUUGGCGAAGGCACCAACAACGCCAGCGUUUCCUCCGGACACAGGCAGCCACAUGUAUACAAGCAGGUGUGAGAUCCUGGAGGGUCAGAAGAGAGAUUAAGAAGUGGCAUAAAGCUGUAUCAGUCAUCCAAACCAAGUGGAGGCGCUGGAGAGCGUGGAUGGAUGCGCUAGCGGAGGCAGAGCUGGACGAUGCAGAGGAUUUAGUAGAAGAAGAAGCCGAAGCAUCAUUGAUGCCGAAUCUGCUGAAAGAGCGAGGCUCGGUCCAGCUGUGCAGCGUCCCGGAGCCGGUGCCGGUCAGAGGAUGGCCUGUCGGUCUGGCCAUGGCCUCCGCACCCUCUAUCACUGUGUCUCUGACCGCCUCGGGCUUCCAGCGGAUCAUGUCCAUCAUGACCUGCAUCAACAUCCCGUUCAGACACGGCCAGUAUAAAGUGAAAACCAACCAGUUUGACCAGGGGGUGGCGUCUAUCCGAGCUCAGCCACGGGGCUCCAUUAAGAUGCAUCUUCAGAGAUCUCCACUGCUGUACGCGGACAUGCAUCCAGCGCACAAGACUGAAGUGGUGACCGGAUUCAACCAGAUCCUGCUGGAGAGAGACUGACUCGAGCUUUAAUGCAAGCAAUGCACCUUUGAAAAGCACUACACUACACAUUAUAUAGCUGCCUUAUUUAUAGUGCAAUUCUGUAUUAGUUCUGUUGCGUUUACUCGCUCAGGUUUCAGCUUAAAGUGCCUUUUAUUUCCGCUGCGUUCAGUCGGAAUAUACUGUAGAGCGUUUUAUUAUUAUUACUUUAAAAUACUGAGCUUCCAUUUUAUACAAAUACAUCUGUAAAUUAGCUUUUUUUUCUGUGUUUUGUGAUUCAUGUUUUUACUUUUCCCAUUUAUUUAUGCUUUUGAAUUGCAUUAUUGGAGCUUGGAAACAACUUUUAACAUUGAAAAGCUUAA